UGAUGCCUAUAUCUAAUAGUCCAAUAAUAUCUUUAACUGAUUGAAUUUAGUGAGUUGUUUGUUGUCACCUACCAAUGAUUGUUGAUAUUGAUGAAAUUAAGGUUCAAAGAGACCAUCUAUGGAAAAUUACCAUAUUUAUUUUCUGAUGUUUUUUAAUAUAUUUCCCUGGAUUUAAGAUUUCUAUACCAUUGAUGGUUCAUUUGUUAAUUUAGUGUCAAUAAGUUACACUUUAAAUUGUAUUUGGCAAUUUGCUAUUGAGGUUCUGAUCAAAUCCUUAAAAGUUAUGAUUUUAAAACUGAAAGCUAAAAGAUGUGGCUUUAUAGAAUGCCUAAUGAUGAAGAGAACAUGUGUAGGUUGCAAGAUAAGCUUUUUAGAAACUGUGUAAGCCUAAGUACAUACUUUUUAGAGGCUUGUUAGGCUUAAGGAGCAGAAGAUCCAAGUCAAGAAUGACUGAUGUAAUGUAACAGUGAUAAGAAAUUUAUGAAAGAGGUAAGUUUGUGUUCUGUACUAGGGAGAUCUGACGUCGAAAACUGACAGAAAGUAAACCCUAGCAGAGUACUAAAAAUAUCACAAAAGGAAUAUUCUCAUUAAAUGUUCAAAAGGUACUUUUUACAAGAGGUUGACCUCUCCUUUUAUAGAGGGAAUGGUCAUAACGUGGACUUUCUCUGUACUUGGGCCUGACAACCGGGGCCCAAGCCUAUAUACAUAUAAGACAAAACUAAAGGAAUCUUCCAGCUGGCGCGUUGAUCCAUCCAAAAGAAGGGCGGGCUUCGACGUUGUUCCACAAACCCCGCCAUGGCUGCUUUCGUUCAUCUAAAUGCUCGAUUUGGGCGGGAAUAAGGGAUACUUAUGUCCCGCCCAGUCCACAUGCCCCCAAGACAUGAGGCUUAAGUAAGUUGAGUCGAAAUGUCUUUAUACGUUGCUUCAUCGCCUGCCUUUAUCAUUUACCUCGUUCUUCUGAUAAUUGUGUCGCCGUUCUUUCAUUUGUGUAGGUGACAUGAGACUUAGGUUCCUUGAGCCGAGACGUCUUUACAGUAUAUCGCCAUUCUCUGUAGUCAUGGGCCUGUCGUCGCAUUCUCGCCUUUUCAUGUUCCUUUAUAUGUCGCCAUUUUUUAUCUUUGUCGAUACAUCGCCGUUAUCACACCUGUCAAUCACGUCUUUUCAACUGACGCACGUAUCCUUCUUUUCCGGGAUUUUGUUAUCAUUUGCCAUAAAUGCAGUUGUGCGUCUCGAGGAGUUAUGUCUUUUCGUUUCCUACCUUUUCAAAUUUCAAAUCCCACGAUCCCACGAUCCCACAACCCUUCGCAGUCUUUCCCACUCAUUCUCUCUCUUCCUUUUUCUUCUAUAAAUACCCUUUUCACCUUUCACUUUUCACUUUUCUGAAAACCUUUGCUCUGAAAACUUUUUCAUCGCAGCUUUCACUCUCUUCUUUGUUCUCCGGUGAACCUUGCUCACUCCGACCGUCGUCAUUGCGCGGUGCUCCCCCAUCGCCGACGUUCUCUUUACUCAAUCCUCCGCUUCUUCCUCCGGUGAGUCCUUCCCCUUUCUCUUUUCUUGACACUGUGUGUCUUCUUCUUUCUUUGUGUUUGGACCUGUUCAUCUUCUUUUUUAUUUUUAUGAAAUUACCCAGCAUGUCGACACAAAAUUUUAGCAUUUCCUCCUUAGAGCUCACUUCCCCUUCUACGGAGGGGGAAGUUUCUGCCCCCACCGUUAUCGAAAUACAAUCCUCGCCCUCCACUCACGAGGAUUCCGGUCCCGCCGGCUCCGUUGAUUCUGUUCUCUCCUCUAAUGGAGAUUUGUCUUCGCCCGAAUGGCGUUCCAAUGCGCAUUUAGUUGAAGAUAAGUGUCUUUGGCGCUCCAUCUGGGGUAGCCUUGGAAGCAUCAGUUCGCUUCGAAUAUCUUCUCAAGGGUUUACCAAGAUAAAUCCCGCCACCUCGAAUAACGAAGAUCACCUGUUAAAUGUUCUUCCAUGUGGCGAGGACGAUUGUGUUCUUUUUCGCAAGGAACCCACUGAUGAAUCGCCCGACUUCUUUUUUGUUUAUGGCUAUUUCUUCUUGGAUUUGAAUAUCAAACUCCCUUUCUCGCCUUUUAUAUGCCACGUUCUUACCUUUUUGAACGUGGCGCCUUGUCAACUCCAGCCCAACGCCUGGGGUUUCAUUCGCUGCUUUGAAAUUCUCUGUGAACAUUUGAGUUGCACUCCCACCUAUCCCUUGUUUUUCCUUUUCUAUAAGACAGUCACCACAAAACCUACAUCUGUCAAGUGGGUUCCCCUUUUGGCUCGCAAGAACAUGAGCCGAUUCACCGCCCUUAAAAGCCAUUACAAAGUGUGGCAGAAAAAAUACUUUAAAGUUAUGGAGUCACCUGAAAUGAAUAACUUAUUUCGGGAUUCCGAUAAUAACCCUCUCUUCCCCUUUUACUGGACAAAAAACCCUCGCCGAAAAAUAUCCGUUUCAUAUGACGCCUUGGAUGAAUCCGAGCAGGCCAUCGCCGAUUACCUCCGCACAUUACCAGUAAUCUCUGGUCAUGACUUGAUUGAAGCGUAGAAAUCCGGCACUUUAAAUCAAUUUUUUACCGCGAUGGGAAAGAGCAAGGUUGAUGCCAACCCCAUCAAGAUGAAGGAAUACCUCGCCCAGUCUGCUGCGGCGGCGAAGAAAAGGGCCGCCGAGACUGAGCAAAAGAAAAAGAAUGAAGGUACUUCGGGCUCUGAUACCGUCAGGGACCCCAAACGCCAAAGAACCUCAGGCGCUGCUGGUGGUAAGCCUUCUCAUCAAUCAGCUGGCGAGGCUUCCAAAAGGCAGCCUGCAGAGAAAAAGAAGGGACACGACGUUGUCCCGUCACCUCACCAGGAUUCAAGCUUGUUGAUUAACCGCCCGCCAACUCCAUUUAGCCAAGCUGGCACUAGCUCAACCAUUGGUGGCGAGGCUCCUCCCCCCUUGCUGAGUUUAAAUGAUCCUCACUUCAACGGGUUGGACUUCAUGACCCGUACUUUUGACAAUCGGGUCCACAAAGACAUUUCCGGCCAAGGUCCCCCCAACAUUGCUUCCUUGGCCAUAUUUCAUGCACUUUCCGCUGCCAGCACGGUGGCGGGAAUGGCCCAGUGCGUGAAAGAAGUGAUUUCAGCCAAGAAUUGUCUCGAGAAGAAGGCAGCCGAUUAUAAAACCGCCUAUGAGCGAGCUAAGGCUGAUGCUGAGACCGCCAAUAAGAAGCUGACAUCUGCUGAGGAAAAGUGCACUAAGUUAACUGCUGAUCUGGCGGCUUCUGACCUGCUUCUUCAGAAGACCAAGUCUCUAAAAGAAGCCAUCAAUGAUAAGCACACUGCUGUUCAAGCCAAGUGCCAAAAACUGGAAAAGAAGUACGAACGCCUGAAUGCUUCUAUCUUAGGGCGUGCUUCUCUUCAGUUUGCUCAAGGCUUUCUGGCGGCCAAAGAGCAGAUUAGUGUGGUUGAGCCGGGCUUUGAUCUUUCCCGCAUUGGGUGGCUGAAGGAGAUUAAGGAUGGUCAAGUGGUUGGUGAUGACGACAUUAGCCUCGACCUCCUUCCUCAAUUCAAUGAUGAAAGUGAGUCUGAAGAAGAAUAAAGUGAUGGCGGGGAUAGGAAUGAGCGGAACAAGGAUAAGGAUCAAGAGAAGGAAGACCCUCAAAUUGGAGCAAGCCAGGGAAACGACGCCAACAAUGAUAAUGUAGCUUGAAUUUGUAAUUUGUUUUUAUUUUGUUUAAGUCAAUUUUUUCUUUGGGCCUUGCCCUUUUGUUUGUCAUCAUUCUCAAUCAUGUACGGGCGUCGCCCCUUUUUCUUACCUUUAAUGAAGACCACUUUAAGUUCA